UUUCACCGGGACAGAGGCUCACUCCCAGCCUAAGCUCUCCGGCCAGUUUGGCGCGACUGUGAAGGCAGGAGGGGAGGUUGUGGCACUAGGAAGAAACGAAACAUGAAAAGUAAUGAAAAGGCGACGGAACCAUAGCGGCGGGAAGCUGGAGCCGCGAGACAGCCACCAGUGAGCCAAGGCCUGGAUUUUGCUCUGGAAACCUGUCCAGCCGCGUCCAUAAUCUGGCGCUAUGCAUCCGGAUCCUGGACCCUUACAGACACUGCUGUAUGUGACUCUUUCCUUUCUGUGCUCCUCUGUGAGUUCAGACCUGGCACCUUAUUUUAUUUCUGAGCCACUGUCUGCUGUCCAGAAACCUGGUGGACCUGUAGUUCUACAUUGCUCUGCUAAACCUGUGACUGCUCAUAUCACGUGGUUGCAUAAUGGGAAAAGAUUGGACAGAAACUUGGAGCAGAUCAAGAUUCAUCAGGGCACUUUGACUAUUCUCUCUCUCAACCCCUCCCUUUCGGGUUACUACCAAUGCAUUGCCAACAAUAGCGUCGGUGCAGUUGUGAGCGGCCCUGCAACAGUAUCCAUUGCAGUUCUUGGUGAUUUUGACUCAUCCACAAAGCAUGUUAUUACAGCAGAAGAAAAAAGUGCUGGUCUCAUUGGCUGCAAGGUACCAGAUAGCAACCCCAAAGCCGAGGUGCGCUAUAAAAUCCGCGGGAAGUGGCUGAGGCACUCGACAGAGAAUUACUUAAUCCUCCCAUCAGGAAAUCUUCAGAUUUUGAACGUUUCCUUAGAGGACAAGGGAUCAUAUAAAUGUGCAGCUUUUAAUCCGGUCACACAUGAAUUAAAAGUCGAACCCAUUGGCCAAAAGCUCCUUGUGAGUCGCUCUUCUUCAGGCGAUUUUCACAUUCUUCACCCCCGCCUUUCACAGGCAUUAUCUGUGCUUUCUCAUAGUCCUAUAACCCUGGAGUGUGUGGUGAGUGGGGUCCCAACUCCUCAAGUGCACUGGCUGAAGGACGGUCAGGACGCGGUGGCGGGAAGCAAUUGGAGGAGGUUGUAUUCUCAUCUUGCCACAGAUAGCAUUGACCCAAUGGAUGCUGGAAACUAUUCCUGUAUGGUGGGAAGCAAGUCUGGAGACGUCAAGCACGUGACUUACAUGGUUAAUGUACUUGAACAUGCUUCUAUUUCUAAAGGACUGCAGGAUCAGACUGUGUCUCUGGGGGCCACAGUGCAGUUUACCUGUGAGGUUCGUGGGAACCCAUCCCCCAACCGUACCUGGUUUCAUAAUGCACAGCCCAUUCCUCCUUCCCCACGACAUCUAACUGCAGAAAAUGGAUUGAAAAUCAGUGGUGUUACCAUGGAAGACUCUGGCCUGUAUCAGUGUGUCGCGGAUAAUGGGAUUGGAUUUAUGCAGUCUACUGGGAGACUUGACAUUCAAAAAGACAGUGGACUCAAGCCAGUAAUAAUUACAGCCCCAGCAAGCACAAAGGUGGCAGCUGGAGACUUUGUGACUUUGUCCUGUAAUGCCACCGGAGUGCCAGUUCCGGUCAUGCGCUGGUAUGACAGGCAUGGAUUGAUAACCAGCCACCCGUCUCAAGUCCUUAGAUCGAAAUCCCGAAAGUCGCACUUGCUAAGACCCGGGGGCUUUGACGCAGAGCCUGUCUACUUCGUCAUGUCCCGAGGUGGCUCCAGCUCACUGUACAUACAGGCCGUUGCUCAGGAGCAUGCGGGGAAGUACACCUGCGAAGCCACGAAUGAACACGGCUCCACGCAGUCGGAAGCUGUCCUCACAGUGGUUCCUUUGGAAACAAAUACAAAAGCAGGAGUCGUCACAUCUGAUGCCGCUCAGAGUGAGACGAGAGAGGGUUCAGAAACUGGACUCGCGAGCUCGCUUCCAGUGAGGGAACAUCUCAGCGCAGUGGAGUCACCGUCAGAGAAAAGUGGGAGCGGCGCCUCAGUGCCCGAGGCCCCCAUCAUCCUGAGCCCCCCGCAGACCCCCACUGCAGACACAUACAACCUGCUCUGGAGGGCGGGGAGGGACGGCGGGCUGCCCAUCAAUGCCUACUUUGUGAAGUAUCGGAAGCUGGAUGAUGGCGUUGGCGUGGUGGGCAGCUGGCACACAGUGCGAGUCCCAGGCAGUGAAAAUGAGCUCCAUUUAACGGAACUGGAGCCAUCGAGUCUCUAUGAAGUUCUGAUGGUAGCAAGAAGCGCAGCGGGCGAAGGACAGCCCGCCAUGCUGACCUUCCGAACCAGCAAAGAGAAAACACCCUCGUCGAAAAAUGCCCAGGCCCCCUCCCCUCCAGCGGGCAUUCCGAAGCGCCCCGUGGUUUCGGAGGCUGCGGACCACUUUGGCGUGGUCCUGACAGACUCCUCCAGGCACAGCGGAGUUCCAGAGGCCCCCGAUCGGCCCACCAUCUCCACUGCAUCAGAGACGUCCGUCUACGUCACUUGGAUUCCUCGGGCCAAUGGGGGUUCUCCAAUCACUGCCUUCAAGGUCGAAUAUAAACGGAUGAGGAGUAGUGAUUGGCUGGUGGCAGCUGAAGAUAUCCCUCCUUCCAGACUCUCGGUGGAAGUUCGUAGUUUAGAGCCAGGUUCAACAUACAAAUUUAGGGUCAUUGCUAUCAACCAUCACGGUGAGAGUUUUCGGAGUUCAGCGUCUCGUCCUUAUCAGGUGGCUGGGUUCCCCAAUCGUUAUUCUAACCGUCCAGUAGCCGGGCCUCACAUUGUGUACACAGAAGCCGUCAGUGAUACGCAGAUCAUGCUAAAGUGGACGUAUAUCCCGUCAAUUAACAAUAACACUCCCAUUCAAGGAUUUUAUAUCUAUUACCGGCCAACUGACAGUGACAAUGACAGCGAUUACAAGAGGGACAUCGUAGAAGGUUCAAAGCAAUGGCACACGAUUGGGCAUCUGCAGCCAGAAACCUCCUAUGACAUUAAAAUGCAGUGCUUCAACGAAGGAGGAGAGAGCGAGUUUAGUAAUGUGAUGAUCUGUGAGACUAAAGUGAAACGCGUUCCCGGAGCUUCGGAGGAUCCUGGCAGAGACCUGAGCACCCCUCCCAGUGCCUUAGGAGGCGGAGGCAACGUGGGGCCUGCAGCCAGCCCGGCCAGGAGCAGCGACAUGCUGUACCUGGUGGUGGGCUGUGUGCUGGGCGUCAUGGUCCUCAUCCUCAUGGUCUUCAUCGCCAUGUGCCUGUGGAAGAACCGCCAGCAGAACACCACGCAGAAAUACGACCCACCAGGAUAUCUGUACCAAGGCUCGGACAUCAAUGGGCAGAUGGUGGAAUACGCCCCCCUGCCCGGCACCACCCGGAUAAACAGAAAUGUGCACGGGAGCUUCCUAAGCAGCGGGGGUCUCGGCAACGGCUGCUCCCACCUUCACCACAAGGUCCCUAACGGGGUCCGUGGGCCCGUGAACGGGAGCUUAAACGGAGGGCAUUACCCUGGGCACACGAGCUCUCUAGCCAGGACACGUGUGGACUUUGAACAGCCUCAUCAUCUAGUGAAUGGUGGUGGAAUGUACACAGCAGUACCUCAGACUGAGCCGGUGGAGUGCGUCACCUGUCGAAAUUGCUGGAAUAACAAUAGGUGUUUCACCAAAACGAACGGCACUUUCAGCAGCAGCCCCCUUUCUGUGGUCCCAGUGGCAGCGCCUUGUGCUCAGGACGGUUUGGAAAUGAAGCCCCUCAGUCACACGAAGAUGCCUGCCUGUCAGGCUUCCACACCCCCCCACGGUGGCCCGUCACCUGGAGAGAGCAUCGGGGACGAGGUGGCAGCAAGACCUGCUCCGCAUACGUGCUGUCAGGACAGCAGGAGCGAGGUCACCUCUGAGUCCACGGAGGAUGCAGCGGGAUGCCACAGAGGAGACAGCUGUGUCCAUUCAGAAACAGAGAACACAAUUUUAAGUUGGAAUCCUCUUAUCUUGCCACCUGCUUCAAAGGACUGUACUGAAAAGACAACAUGGUCUCCUCCUGGCAUUCCUUUAGACAGCCCCGCUGGGGUCCUUCAGCAGCCCCAGGAGACCUGAGGAUGUGCCCGGGACUCAUCAGGUUCCCACUCCAGCCAGUCACUGCACAGAACAGGCCUGGGAAUGGACUGUGUGAAGGACAUUAAUUCAAAUCAGAGAAAAAGCAUUAUUUAUUUUUGUAGCAGUAAUGUCAUAUGAAUGUAUCUUAAAAUGUGUGCCCUUUUAUAUUAUUUAUGCCUGAAAAUUUUCCCUCCCCCCCUCAGUAGGAAACAACCCAGUUUUGCAUAGUGUUCGAUCAUCUCAGCAUUCCAUGUUUCCCAAGCACCUCAGUGCCCGUCAGAGCGCCUCCUGCAAGGCCCCGGCCUAUGGGCUGCCUCAGCUGAGAGGGCGUUGCAGACCGCCUGAAGUUUUCAGGUGGGAAGCUGUCCUUCGACAUUGUCUACUCAGACUUUCAGAGAACAUUCUGAAGCAACCACAGUUGUAACCUGCUGUUUACAAUAGCACAUCUCAUGAUCGCCGUGAGUGCCUUCCCCAAAGUGACAGCUGAGCCGUGGACUCUCUGCACGUGGGCACAGUUAUGUCCGCCUUCCGGGCACUGACCAUGCAGUGUCCUGGGGAGGGCUGAGGCGUGGCUGGGCUGUCGCAGGGCAGUCUGCCCACAGAAGGCAGCCAGGGCAGAGAAGGCCGCCCAGCCCUACGGCUUUAAACUUGCGUGUGUCUAUAAAAUGGUCACGGGGGCCUCUUGUUGAGUGUUCUAAGAGUAGGAACCAAAUGAGACUUUAAUGGAUGACUUUAGGAGAAUGAUUUACAUUUUAAGGAGAAAGGGGCGGGUUUCAGGGAGUCCCCUUGGCAGCAGCUCUUGUUAGUGUAGGAUUGUGCUCACGAUGCUGCUCCACCCGAAAUCGUCCUCUCACUCCCAGCAUGGGCGACACCUGGGCAGGGUGGCUGUUAGAAAAGGCUUCACAUGGAGGGUGAGGAGGGUAUGGUUUGAAAUCCCCUGACUUUUUUCAGAAUCGUGUCAGUAAACUGGCACCUAAGCUUUGGGUAGCAGAGCUGCCCAUCAGUUAUGCUGCCCAAGUGGCAGGGCGUCCUCAGCUGCCAGUGGAGGCUUUUCCUCUCCGCCCCUGUAAACACACACAGAGCCCUGGGUGUCGAGGCGCCAAGCCCAGCUCUAAUGGAUCAUCGCUCCUUUGGGGAAUGUGCGUCUCUUCGGGGAAAAAAACAGAAUAAUUCUCUUUCAAGUCUAGCAGUUUCAGCAGUCAGUGAAAAAAAGGUAGUUCCCCAGAAAUUACAGUGACACAGACUAGAAUACUAUGCUAAUCUACUGUCUAUACGAGUGCGUCAUAGUCCCUCACACGUUUAUAUGUUUUAUAAAUAGAACUUUGGUGAAAUGUGCUGUCGCAGCCGAGUCACUCAGCAAGAGUCCCUCGAGGAAGUGUAAGGCACAGCACUUCGCGGCCAGGUGUCAGGGGCGCCCCGGCAGCGAGCUCCCUGCCCCGGAGCCCACGGCUGCACCGUCCAGGAUUCCUUCACGUUGCACAGAUGCAGUUAGCUUUGGAGGGAGGGCUGCGUCCCGACGGCUGUGGACCACGUCAUGGGACACGAGGAAGCCUGCGCCGCGGCUGCCAGUCGAGCUGCAGCAGCAAGUGGAGGAGACCGGGGCACAGCUCUUAGAAGGUGGUCGUUUCACACCAGGAAGCAGGUGUGGGCCCAGGCCCAGGUCCUGAACGGCUUUGAGAGAUGGAGUUUGGACAUGGGACCUGCCCGCCGGGAAGGAAGACAACUUUACCUUCAGGGCAGCCUCAUUGCGGACGCCUUAUUUAUAUGAUUAGUGACGCUGUUUUAAGUGUUAUCCCUUUAUUGUAUUUUAUUUAUAAAAAUGCCUUUAUAUAUGGAGAUAUAUAAAUAUAAAUAUAACUAU